UUCUUCACCCCAGGCACAAGCUUGCUGCAUCAGCUGCUUUGCCUUAGGUGUCAGGGCAGCACAGGCGGCUUCCCACCAGCAGAUGGCGACAGUUCAGGAUCUUCAUCGGAGCCCCCGCAGAGGUCCGCAUUCCGGCUGAUCGUCGAUUGGUUCAAUACUCCGAAGGCGGACCUGGAAGAUGAGGAUACCGAUUGGUCCGUGUCGCUGCCAAUCGAAGCGAGAGCUUGACUUAUCAUUAAUCUGCAAGAUGAGUUCAGUGCAAUGGGAUUUUCCUUUGGAGCUUUGUUGCCGGCCAAUGGCCUUUGUAGCUCUCACGGGCCUUGAUGUGACUUAUAAUGCCGUACAUCGAGCUAUUUGGGAUGCUUUUUGUGCCAACAGACGGGCUGACAGAGUCCCCAUAUCAUUUAAAGUACUUCCUGGGGAUCAUGAAUACCCAAAAUGCAGACAGAAGAGGACUUCUUAUGAAUGGUAUAUUCCGAAAGGAAUCCUUAAAACUGGCUGGAUGAACAAACAUUUAAACCUUGUUCCUGCUCUCGUGGUGGUCUUUUAUGAACUGGACUGGGAUGACGCUCAGUGGAAAGAGAAGCAAUCUGAAUGUGCCACCAGAGUAGAAAUUGUCAGGCAAAGUUUACAUGGAAGAAACACAAAGGUUGCUGUUGUGCUGAUACAGAAGAAAACUCCCUUACCGCCAGGUGAGGACUUGAUUGCUUCAGAGAGAGCAGCAGCAUUGUGCAAUGCUUGUGACUUGUCAGGAAAGUCACUGUUUGUGUUACCACACACUGAUCAUCUUGUCGGAUAUAUUAUCAGGUUGGAGAAUGCUUUUUAUGAACAUGCACAGACAUACUAUUAUACAGAAAUUCGGAGGGUCAAAUCACAUAAAGAAUUCUUGAACAAAACAACUCAUCAGCUAUUAUUUGUGAGACAUCAGUUCAAAACAGCUUUCUUCAGUGAAUUGAAACAGGAUACACAAAAUGCAUUAAAAAACUAUAGAACAGCUUAUAAUCUUGUACAUGAACUGAGAGCCCAUGAGACUAACAUGCUUGAAAUCAAGACAAUGGCUGGAUUCACCAACUAUAAGAUUUGUCGCUUAUGUUUCCAACAUAAUGCUCCAUUAGAUGCCAUUGCGCAGUUCCGUAAACAUGUGGAUUUGUGCAAAAAGAAGAUAGGAAGUGCAGAACUGGCAUUUGAACAUGCAGCCUGGAUGUCUAAACAAUUUCAAGCAUUUGGGGAUUUGUUUGACGAAGCCAUUAAACUUGGCCUCACAGCAAUUCAGACCCAGAACCCUGGCUUCUAUUACCAACAGGCAGCAUACUAUGCACAAGAACGUAAACAGCUGGCAAAUCAACUCUGCAAUCAUGAUUCCUCUACUGCCUAUCCCAGUCCUGACCCAUUGGAAACUCCUGCUGGAGUGUUGGAUUUUUUUGGGCAAAGACCUUGGAGACAAAAUCAUCAAAGUAUUGAGCCACCAGAUGCUGAGAAAGAAAAGGUUGGUAUUCUCGCCCUUCAGCUCAAAGAAAGAGAUGUUGACCACUCUGAACUAAUAAUUACCCUCCUGAGUAAUGCGGUGGCUCAGUUCAAGAAAUACAAGUGUCCUCGAAUGAAGAGUCAUUUGAUGGUUCAGAUGGGUGAGGAAUAUUAUUAUGCUAAGGACUACAGCAAAGCAUUGAAGUUACUGGAUUAUGUGAUGUGUGAUUACCGCAGUGAGCGCUGGUGGAAGCUGCUUACCUUUAUUCUGACCACUGCACUCAAGUGUGCUUACCUGAUGGGUCAAAUUAAAGAUUAUAUCACCUACUCCCUGGAGCUACUUGGGAGGUCUUCUACACUGAAUGAUGAACAAAAAUCUCGCAUUGAAAAGAACUUGAUAAAAGUAUUGAUGAAUGAGAGCCCUGCUCCAGAACCUGAUUGUGACUCCAAGGCCAUUAAAACUGCUCAAAAGGUGUGGGCAGAUCGUAUUUCUUUAGCUGGAAGUAAUGUGUUUACAAUUGAGAUGCAAGAUUAUGUGCCGUUUGUUGAAUGUAAAGCUCGCUUCCUGGCUCCAAGUUUCCAUGUUGAUGACCCUGUGCAAAUCCAUGUAUACCUUCGAGCUCAUUGCCCUCAUCCGUUCAGAUUUUCAAAGCUCUGUGUCUGUUUUAACAACCAGGAGUAUAACCAACAUUGUGUAAUAGAAGACACCUAUCAAACAUCUGACAUCUUAGAAGCUUCAUCUCAGGGUACUAUGUGCUUAGUCCCUGGUAAAACUAGGCAGUAUGUGUUCAAAUUUGUUGCGAGGACUGAAGAUGUUGGAAAGAAAGUGGAGAUUACUUCUGUAGACCUGGUUCUCGGCAGUGAUAUUGGCAGAUGUGUGAUACUUAACUGGAGAGGUGGAGGAGGAGAUGCUGCAUCAUGUCAGGAGGCCCUGCAGGCCACUCGAUCCUUUAAACGGAGACCAAAGUUGCCAGGCAGUGAAGUAUGUUGGGACAGCAUUACAAUACAGGCAAGCACCAUGGUGAUUUCUCGAAUUCCAAGAAUAUCAGUUCAGCUGCGACAUGAGCCACCUGCCUUGACUAAUGAAAUGUAUUGCUUAGCAGUCACUGUACAGUCACAGGAAGCGACCACUGCAAAAGAAAUCAAGCUCACAGCAGGUUUAAAACCAGGCCAAGAUGCCAACCUCACGCAAACAACCCACGUCACCCUUGAUGGUACUGAGAUGUGCGAUGAUUCUCAUCCUGCAUUGCUUCCUGAUAUUCCCAUUGGAGACUUGCACCCAGGCGAAAUGGUGGAAAAAGCACUGCACAUCCGAUGUGGACAAGUUGGUUCAAGAAUAUUUUUGGUUCACGUUUCUUAUGUUGUUACUACCAUUGUUGAGGGCAAAGAAAUUGUUUGCAAAUGCCAUAAGGAUGAGACCAUCACUAUUGAAACAGUUGUGCCAUUUGAUGUUACUGCGAAGUUUGUUUCCACAAAGUUUGAACACAUGGACUGGGUGUUUGCGGAUAUUCCAUUUCUUUUAAUGAUGGACAUCCUGAGUGCUUCUCCAUGGUCACUCACUAUAGUAACCAGCAAACUGGAACUUGCACCUUCCAUGACUGCUGUUGAUCAGAUGGAGUCGCAGCUGGCUCAAGUGGUUUUACAGACAGGAGAGUGUGCCAGUGAGUGCUUCUGCUUGCAGUGUCCACCAGCACCUACAAACCACAGUGGAGUUGCCUCGGGUCGUUAUAUAAUCUCCUGGAAAAGGACGUCUGCUGCUAAAAGCAUACCUGUUGUCAACACAGUGAUAACGUUACCCCAUGUGAUUGUGGACACAAUUCCGGUCUUUGUUCAUGCAGAGCUCCCAUCGUUUGGUAGAGUUCGCGAAUCACUACCAGUCAAAUAUUGGUUGCAAAACAGAACCAAAUUAGUGCAGGAUGUGGAGAUUUUUGUGGAGCCCAAUGAUGCAUUUAUGUUUUCUGGUCUUAAGCAGGUUCGAUUACGAAUUCUGCCUGACACUGAACAAGAGUUAUUGUACAACUUCUAUCCACUCAUGGCUGGUUACCAGCGACUGCCAGGUCUUAGCAUAAGCUUAUCACGGUUUCCUGCUAUCUCCAAUGAUCUAUUGCGCAGAUUUCUUCCCACACACAUUUUUGUAAAGCCACAGGGUCGGCAAGCAAAUGAAGUAAUUGUUGUAGCUGCUUGACGGAGAAGCGCUCGUGUGAAAUAAAAAUCAAGUGGUCAAAACUCGGAAACAAAUGGACACUUAUUCACGGAUGUAUAAAAUGACCUGGCUAUUUGGACUGAAGCUGCAGCAUUUACAACAGUCAAAUAUUUUACAAACUGCUUGGACAUAUGUUUGCUUGCAAGUCUCCAGGGAGGCAUAAAAGCUUAACAUUUCUAGUUGUUGAAAUUAGUGUUUUGUAAACAAGAAUAGAUUGAUAAUGCACUAAGAAUUAUUUGCAAACGUUGUUACAUGAUUUCAUUAUGAACUUUGAUUUGUUAAAGUCCAAAGUGAUAUGAUCUUUGUGUUUGGAAUAUUUGCUACUGUAAAUUUUCAACUGUAAUAUGCAGCUUUUAUGGUGUUUGAGAAGUACUGCUGGAAAAUAUUUCAGUAAAUCAUCUACAAGUGCAA